AUCUAACAAAAACAAAGAUGGCGGAUGAAAGUGACAAAGAAAAGGCAGAAGGAAAAUCAUCUGAAAAACCUUUCGUUCCUCGAAGUGCGACGGAAAUACAGAAGAUGAAGCUCGAAAAGCUCAUGAAGGACCCUGUAAGCUAUAACACUAUCAUCCAAAUCAUGACCUGGAGAAAAUUUUUUAUGAAUAAAGAAUUUUCUAGCUAGGGAGGACAAUUUCACUUGUUUUUAUGUUGUCAAUUGACAGGACAAACCAGUGUCAAUUCCUGAACUUCCGAAGCAGUGGAAACCAUCAGAAGCCCCCGAAUUCGUUCGAUUUGUGAUGGGUGAGUUUUUGCCGUUAUCAUCAGUAUCGUCGAAGUUAUGUAUUAUACUUAAAGCUUGCAUGUAUUGAAUUAAAUAGGUAUGUACAUGAUGAGUUGACUGUGUCUACAUCUCUCUCCACUUCAUCUGUGCCACUCUCUCUUCUUCGUGAAGUGAGGAACUGUUGACCUGUAGGAAAUACUAUGGAGAUAUUUUAGAAAAAGUUUGUGAAAGAAACAAUAGUCUGUGAAGGUUACCCUCUUCUGUGACUUAAUUGUGGUUGCAAGAGGGGAAUCUUGCUGAGGCAUUGUUGGUUUACAAAGCGGCAGGGGUAUUUUGCAGAAUGCUGAAUGCCGAAUGACUCUGAGUUUAGUGAUUGGGGUUAGGAAACUGAGUGAAUCAGGUUCCACUUAGGGUCAUUUAACUGGGAAAACAGACCUGAAACGUAAUUCACUCAGUUUCCUCAUCCUAAUCACUAAACUUUAGAGUCAUUCAGUGUUUUGCAGUUCCCCAAACACCAAAUGCAGAAAUUAUGCCAAAUGACUCUGAAGUUUAGUGAUUAGGGUUAACGUCACGAACUGAAUGAAUCGGGUUUUAUUUAGGGUCAUUAUACUGGGAAAACUGACCUGAAACUUGAUUCACUCAGUUUCCUAACUUGUAUCACCAAACUUCUGAGCCAGUCGGUGUUCUGCAUUCAGCGUUCUGCAAAAUACCCCUGACAUUUACAAAGAAAUGUACAAAAAAAAAGCGAGAUGCAAGUGCAAAGUAGUUGUUUUGCUAAUCAAAACCUAUCACUUUUUUUCCCCAUUCUUGUUUUCACUGUUGCUUAGCUUAAGCUCCCUAAUCUGAAAUGUCAAUUGCCUCCUCCCCCAAACCCAUGAGCACCUCUCUUGGGUUGGGGGUGGAGAGGUGGGGGAGAGACAUUUCAGACAUAUGACUGUAUUGAUUACUAAUCUUAUUCCAAGUAAUCCUGAGAAAAAAGCUGCAUUUGACGACGCCACCAGUGAAUUCCCUGUGAAAUGAUGUCCAAGCAACGAGGGUGGAAAUUCCAUACUGAUGAUGUGUCACUACCCAGAUCUGGGUAGCGCUUCUGAUUGGUCCUGUCGCAAGAGAAAUCUGCUUCAACCAAUUAAGAGCACUACCCAGAUCUGGGUAGAUCUGUGAGCAUCAUCACUAUGGACUUUCUGCAGUCGAUGCCCAGUCACUAUUUCACAGGGAAACCAGUGGUGAUUGUCUGAAGUGUCACAUGUCUCCACCUUAAUUUUGCCAGGAUCCAGUGCUGGUGCAGGGAGUGGAGAAUUCCAUGUUUACCGUGCUACAAGAAGAAGAGAAUACAACAGAGUGGCCUACAUUGAAAAAAUAGCAGAACAAGUAUGAUCAUGGAAUCUAUCACCCAUUUAAAAUAGAAUGCUAUAUUUUGAAAUUCUUUCCGACUUGCUCAUUGUUUCAUUGUACAGGGCCUUAGUAUAGCUUACCUUUAAUACAUUUUUGUUUACCAUAUUUAUAACCAUUAAGUGGCCACCCCAGGUGUACCAGCAAAAUUCAUGAUCUUAAGCACAAACAUCACUUUAUUUUGAAACAUACACAUGUCAGGAGUGGCAUACACUGGGCCAUAUUCUUCACCCUCUUGGCUGCUUAACAGAGGUGACAACAAAAGAAGAACUCUUUUCAGGAUGGCCAAAGGAUGGCCACAGCCACUUUACAGAGACCUGGGGGGGAUGCUUGGGUUAAUUUUUGCUGGGUAUGUGCAGCUGGCCUCUCAGAGCCCCUAUCCCGUUAUAGUCUAUUCUGUGGCCUAUAAUUAUUAUAGACCCCAUCUUAGUCACUUUUGGGCAAAUAUAUCAUUUUCACGAUCCCAACUUAGGAAAGUUUAAUUUACAAUUUAUUCUUUUAUACAUUUUUAGUUUGGGACUGUGAUUGCUGGCUGAUUUAUGUAGGGUGGCCACUUAAUAGGUGGUUGCUUAACAGAGUUUUGACUGUUAUAAUAAACAUUGUUUUUUAUCCUCAGUCACUCUUUACACAACAAAAACACAGUCAUCUUAUUUGUUGUUCACUUAGCAUGAACUUGAUGAAAGCUAUCAUAAGAAGCUUGAACAAAAUAAAACUCAAGCAGAAGAAAAAACAGCAAAGAAAAGAGCUAAAAGGUAUUUUUAUUGUUCAAGUAAUCUCAAUUUAGGGGAGGGGCAGGUGAAGUUGGGAACCCAACCUAAAUGUACUCAUUGGCCUGGUAGCCUGAGAAAACAGACAACAUUUUGCAAUGCCACCAACAGUUUCCCUGCAAAAUGACAUGUGAGAAAUGAGUGCAGAAAUUCCAUACUAAUGACGCAGCACAACCAAUCAGAAGCAGUACCCAGAUCUGGGUAGUAAUGGGUCAUUAUCAUCAGCACCGAAUUUCUGCACUCGUUUCUCAGACAUCAUUUUGCGGGAAAACCGUUGGUGGAAUCGUGACAUGUCUUCUGUUUUUUGAGGCUAUCAGCCUGGAUGAUUUCAUAUUUAUUAACUUCAGUACUCUUAAACAAAAUAAUUAUUACAGCAGUUGUAAAAAGCUUGAUGGACCUCCCAUCAUAAAGUUUUCUUGAAAUUGCCCCUGUCUUCCACCUUAACUAGACCCCAUAUGGAGUUGACAACAAUGCUUUUCUGCCCAAGCAUGGGAGGUCUAUCACCAGUAAUAAAAUCAAUAAAGCCAUCUUAAGGGGGUAUGCAUGUCCCUUGUUUGAAUUUUAAACCCUUCAUUUCAAGUAUCGAAAAGGAGGCAUUGUUCCUGUUGGUAUGAAAUAUAUUUACUAUUGAAUUUUGAACUUUGUUUCCUGUGUGUUAUUUUUUUUUUACUAUGUGUUAUUUGUCACUACUUCAUCUGUCUUAUGUUGUUAUACUAAGGCCAUGUUACUUGUCAGAAUUUUACCCUUAACCUUUUAAGCCCCAAGAUCCACAUACAAAUUCUCCAGACUGAUCUCCACCCAUUUAUUUUAAGAAUAGUUGAAUGGUUUUUGGUAGUCAAUUUAUUAAUUCUCAUAACCUUUACUCUCAUGAUCUGCUGAUGUUUUUAGGAAAAAUUGAUGUUGGUCACUCUUCGGACCUAAAGGGUUAACAGGGCCUCAUAAACAGUAGCCUGCGAGCAAGCUCUCUUAUUUGAGCGAGUGAAGCAAGCCUUGCGAGAAUGCUUCGCAGCUCCCUUGUGCAUUCUUGCAAGACUCGCUUCGCUCGCCCAAAUAGGAGAGCUUUUUCCCAGGCUACAUAAACAGAUCUUCAAGGGGUACCCGAGUCCCAUCACUCAAGCCCUGGCUUUGGCUCUUUCCUUGUUAAUGAAAUGUGGAUGUGCAACCAUAAUGUUUUAAAUUAUGUUCUUUUUCCCAGACAAAGGAAAAAACAGAAAAAGCUGAGUGCUAAAAAGAAGAAAGAGGAAAGGAAAGAUGACGGUGAGUUGUUAUUUCUACUUAUUUUAACAGAAGAUGAAAAGGGUUUCUACUGUAGCUGGUUGGGAUCAGCUGCAUGAGUAAAUCUUUAUGUUGAGAGUAACUGCUUACUUCUCAUAUUCAGCCCAGUUAACCACUUCACUUAUAUGUCUGGCAUUAUGUUUUGUGCAAACCUACAGUGUUAACUUACAGUUUCUUUUGCUUUAACCUCAAGAUAUCGAUAAAAAACAAGAAAACAGUGAAAGUGAAGAUGAUGAGGGGGAGAAUGAGGAUGAGGAAGAGCCACACUUCAUAGUUGGAGGACAGUAGCCAACAAUCAAAAAUAAUUUAUUUGACAUUUCCUUGUCAUUUAGCUCUCUAUUUAGUGACAUAAAUGUACACCUGCAGAGACAACUCAAAGAUAGUGCAUCUCUCCUGCACAAGGUCAUGGUCAAACCACGAAGAAGACAUCAAGCUAGGCAGUUAUCAUUUCAUAUUCAAGAUUAAUGUGCUGUGCACAAUUCUAGAAGCUUGUUAUGGCCUAGAACUCAAGAUUUUCAUGCAUUAUGACUUUCCUUCCCCUCAAUGAACAUUUUAUGAAUAAUAAUUGUUUUACACAGUUGUUUUAUCUUUGGACUGACUUAGAUAGAUUGUACUGCCGUCUUUAAAAGCAUAUUUCAAUCUACAGCUGUACCUAGGUCUUAACUAACUGGGCUUUUUUCUUUUUUGCUGCUCCUGCUGUUUUUGUUCUCUUAAACACAUUGGGUCGGUUAUUUAAACAAAGUCUAACUUAGUCCACGGUUUAAGAAAUCAUGGGACCUCCACAUCUCUUUCUUAGUGGGUUAAUUUAAGAAAACAAGUGCUUUUCAAGUCUACACUAAAUCCUUUAUUGAAAUUGUUAAAGAUAAAUGGUGUUUAGAUAAAAGCAUUGGGCAAACUGAAAAUGGCUUGAAAAUUGAUGGGGUUAGGACUUAUGGGUUAUGAUUUCUAUGCUGUAUCCUUACAAAAUUUGAAGGGAUCUCAGUGCUCAGAACCUGUGAAAUUCAGGCUGCCUAGCAUGUGAUUUUAGAAGAUUUUUCUCUCGUAAUGGACAAAGAAGUGCACUGGCUGCCUGUAAGAGGAAUUCGAAACUCUCAUUCUCUUUACACCCAGGCAGUGCCUUUAUGAUGGAAAUAAUGGAUAAGAAGACUCUAACCUUGAAGAGCUUUCAAUAUUGGUCAAAUUCUGGAGUACAAGAAAAUUCAUUAUUGCUAGAACUUUCACUUUCUUCUAGCAGGAUUUUGGAGCCAAACUCAAUCUAAAUAUGCAUUAUACAUAGAGUAGUGGCUAGUAGUGCACAGAUUGUGCCUAAGCAAGCACGUUCUACAGUAAAUGCCGAUUAUCCUGAC